AAACUGAAAACUGAAACUAUAAUCUUUUUUCUCUCUGAACGAAUACAAUUGAUUGAGCAAAUGAAGCAGGAGGUAGCGCUAGCCACUACACAAGCCCUGCUUCAGAACAUGUCGGAUAUUUGUUUCAAAAAGUGUGUUACGAAACCAGGAAACAGUCUAGAUAAUUCCGAACAAAAAUGUGUUGCAAACUGUAUGGAUCGUUAUGUGGAUUCAUGGAAUCUGGUCUCCAAAACCUUCGCUGCUCGGAUUCGAAGAGAGUCCUCACGAAUAGGAUUGCUUUCUUGGGAAAGUGGUUUUUCUCCUAGCUUUGCUGUCAAAAUCAUGGACUCUACAAAUUCCUGA